GUCGGCAACGACGAUAGGUGCUUUCGUGCGAUGGUCAUGUGGUGGGCAUGCCCCCAGUACCUCAAGAAGCACGAGGAGGGCAAGGCGAAGCGGGCAGAGAUGCGAGGUGGAUCGCAUAUCCAAGGCAGCAUCCCCAUCUCUCUUCACCUGCAGAAGGAGGAAGUCAGGACAGGAGCGAAGCCUAACGUCUUUGCCGUGCUAAAGAAGAUGAAGCAAAGGAAGACGCCUGAUCCUGAGACGGGGUCCGUGUGGGUUAACCCGCAAUCCGAGACCCAGUGCACGUCGUAUGUCUCCAAGUUCAAGCAGAAGUACGGCGAGGAGGCCAAUCCAGAGGCCGAGGACUUUGACCCUGAGGUCGCGGUGCUUGCGGGAGAAGGCUUGAAGCAUGGCCGCCUAUGGUUUGGUGACGGGUGCGUCGACCCAGCGAGGGUUCCCUCUCUCCGCCAGAUCCGUCGUGGUCGUAAGAGCGGCCAGCUCGAGGUAGAGCCCGGCCACGGGCGUCGGAUCUAG